AUGGAUGCUGUUACAAUAUGUGAGAUGGCAAUCACGUCACUUGAAGACGACCCACUCACCAACGCUGGCAAAGGAUCAAGUCUCAACCAAGAUGGUCAAGUACAAUGUGACGCAAGCAUAAUGGAUGGGUCAUUCAUAUGUCAAUGUCAUAACAACUGCUUCAACAAUGAUGAUCGGACUCAAACAUAUACCCUGGCAACUCAAUCAUCAAGUUCAUCAAUGUUGUGUGGCGGUGGAUGUUGGGCUGGUGUUGGCGCAGUCAAUGGAGUGUGCAAUCCAAUCAAGGCAGCUGGAGCAAUGCUGAGGAAACAGAGAGAGAAGGGACAUUAUAAGUCAUUGGGUCGUAUUAGACCAUUGAUGUUGGUGGCCGAUGGAGCAAAGGAGUGGGCUUCCAAUCAUGGUGUGGACACAUAUGAUAAGGACUCGAUGAUGGGUGAUCCACUGAUCACUCAACAAUCCAACAUCACCUACAUGAAUCAUAACAGUCGAUUAGAGUUACAUCGACAUACCAAGCAUCAACAACAAUACACUGAUGAGCAGUACUACUACUAUGAUGACAAUGAACAACAAGUUGAUGAUCAAGAAUCUCAACAUGGCGUUGAGGACGAUGAAUCAUUGAUGUAUGACACUGUUGGAGCAAUUGUUGUGGAUUGGAAUGGACAUGUGGCGGCUGGUGUAUCGAGUGGAGGCAUAUCAUUGAAGCAUCCUGGAAGAGUUGGUGAGGCUGCCUUAUUUGGAAGUGGAUGUUGGGCUCAAGAUGAGUUGGUAAUCAAGCGUACCUCAUCAGGUGAUGGUACAUCAACAACAUUGUCCAUUCCAGCAGGAGUUGGAGAACAAAUAAUGAGAGGAUUGAUGGCUAAAGAGUGUUGUGCGAGGAUGGUUGACAAAGGAUAUGCAGACCUUGCCGUCAAGUCAUACUUUGAGGAUGAGUUCCUAUCACACAAGGAUUGCUUCUCAUAUCUCGGUGGACAUAUCUCAUCAUUAUCAUCAACAACAUCAAAGUCCCAACAACAACAUCAACAACAACAAAGAGUUGUUGGAGUUGGAGAUGAAGUUGAAGAAGCAGAAGAUGUUGAUGAUGAAGAGGAGGAGUAUAUGUCAAAUAAUGUAAUAUAUAGUGGAGAUGAGAGAUUGGCAGGAUUGAUAGCAGCAACAAAGAUUACUAAUGAGGAUGGUAGGAUGGUAGUGGAACUAGUAUGGUGCCAUUCAACUGAUAGUAUGGCACUUGGUUAUAUAUCAUCUGGCGAUCAAUUCAAAGAACAUUCAAUAAUUUCAAGACUGACCUCUACAUCAGCUACUCGA